CGGCGAGCGGGCUGCGGCGGCGGCCACUCCGAGGACCCCGGGCACGCGGGGCGCCCGGGAGCGAUGGCGAGGCUCCCGCCCGCCGCCCGCGCCUGAGGCAGGCGCCCCGCCCUCCCGGCCGCGCCCGGCCCCGCCCGGCCCUGCCCGGCUCCCCACGCGGCCGCCCGGGCGCUUCCUUAGUCGGCGCGGGCGGCCGGCAGGCGAGGUGCGGCCUGCGCGCUGGCGGGGGGCGUCGGUGCCGCGGGCGCCAUGGCCGCGUCCCAGCUCUACACAAAGUUUGCCAGAGUGUGGAUACCUGAUCCUGAGGAAGUUUGGAAGUCAGCAGAGCUGCUCAAAGAUUACAAGCCAGGAGACAAAGUCCUCCUGCUUCACCUUGAGGAAGGAAAGGAUUUGGAAUAUCGUCUGGAUCCAAAGACCAAGGAACUGCCUCACUUAAGAAACCCUGACAUUCUUGUGGGUGAAAAUGACCUCACAGCCCUCAGCUAUCUUCAUGAGCCUGCUGUGCUCCACAAUCUCAGAGUCCGCUUUAUUGACUCUAAGCUUAUUUAUACAUAUUGUGGUAUAGUCCUAGUAGCUAUAAAUCCUUAUGAACAGCUGCCUAUUUAUGGAGAAGAUAUUAUAAAUGCAUACAGUGGUCAGAACAUGGGUGAUAUGGAUCCACAUAUCUUUGCAGUAGCUGAAGAAGCGUACAAGCAAAUGGCCAGAGAUGAACGAAAUCAAUCCAUCAUUGUAAGUGGAGAGUCUGGGGCAGGAAAAACAGUCUCAGCUAAGUAUGCCAUGCGAUACUUUGCCACUGUAAGUGGUUCUGCCAGUGAAGCCAAUGUUGAGGAAAAGGUCUUGGCUUCCAACCCCAUCAUGGAGUCAAUUGGAAAUGCUAAGACAACCAGGAAUGAUAAUAGCAGCCGUUUUGGGAAGUAUAUUGAGAUUGGUUUUGAUAAGAGAUAUCGAAUCAUUGGUGCCAAUAUGAGAACUUACCUUUUAGAGAAAUCCCGAGUGGUGUUCCAGGCAGAAGAGGAAAGAAACUAUCAUAUCUUUUAUCAGCUUUGUGCCUCAGCAAAGUUACCUGAAUUUAAAAUAUUGCGAUUAGGAAAUGCAAAUCACUUUCAUUACACGAAGCAAGGUGGCAGUCCAGUGAUUGAAGGAAUCGAUGAUGCCAAGGAGAUGGCCCAUACCAGGCAGGCCUGCACUUUGCUAGGAAUUAGUGAAAAUUAUCAGAUGGGAAUUUUCCGAAUACUUGCUGGCAUUCUUCACCUAGGUAACGUUGGAUUUACAUCUCGAGAUUCAGACAGCUGCGCAAUACCUCCCAAGCAUGAACCUCUCAGCAUCUUCUGUGACCUCAUGGGUGUGAACUAUGAGGAGAUGUGUCACUGGCUCUGCCAUCGGAAGCUAGCCACUGCCACAGAGACAUACAUCAAGCCCAUCUCCAAGCUGCAGGCCACGAAUGCCCGUGAUGCUUUGGCUAAGCACAUCUAUGCCAAACUCUUUAACUGGAUCGUAGAUCAUGUCAAUCAAGCGCUCCAUUCUGCUGUCAAGCAGCACUCUUUUAUUGGUGUGCUGGACAUUUAUGGAUUUGAAACAUUUGAGAUAAAUAGUUUUGAACAGUUUUGCAUUAAUUAUGCAAAUGAAAAACUACAGCAACAGUUCAAUCUGCAUGUCUUCAAAUUAGAACAAGAGGAAUAUAUGAAGGAACAAAUUCCAUGGACACUCAUAGAUUUUUAUGAUAAUCAGCCUUGCAUUAAUCUUAUAGAAUCUAAACUGGGCAUUCUAGAUUUGCUGGAUGAGGAAUGCAAAAUGCCUAAAGGUACAGAUGACACUUGGGCCCAGAAAUUGUACAACACACAUUUGAACAAAUGUGCACUCUUUGAAAAGCCCCGUCUAUCAAACAAAGCUUUCAUCAUCCAACAUUUUGCUGACAAAGUGGAAUACCAGUGUGAAGGCUUUCUGGAAAAGAAUAAAGACACUGUUUUUGAAGAACAAAUUAAAGUUCUUAAAUCAAGCAAGUUUAAGAUGCUACCAGAAUUAUUUCAAGAUGAUGAGAAGGCCAUCAGUCCAACCUCAGCCACCUCUUCAGGGCGCACACCCCUCACCCGCAUUCCUGCAAAGCCCACCAAAGGUCGGCCAGGCCAGACAGCCAAAGAGCACAAGAAAACAGUGGGACACCAGUUCCGAAAUUCCCUUCACCUAUUGAUGGAGACCCUCAAUGCCACUACCCCUCACUAUGUGCGCUGUAUUAAGCCUAAUGAUUUCAAGUUCCCAUUCACGUUUGAUGAGAAGAGGGCAGUGCAGCAGCUGAGAGCAUGUGGUGUCCUGGAAACCAUCCGCAUCAGUGCAGCAGGCUUCCCCUCACGGUGGACUUACCAAGAAUUUUUCAGCCGCUACCGUGUCCUAAUGAAGCAAAAAGAUGUGCUGAGUGACAGAAAGCAAACAUGCAAGAAUGUAUUAGAGAAUCUUAUCCCAGACAAGGACAAAUACCAGUUUGGUAAGACAAAGAUCUUUUUCCGAGCUGGUCAAGUGGCCUAUCUAGAAAAAUUGAGGGCAGACAAGCUGAGGGCUGCCUGCAUUCGGAUCCAGAAGACAAUCCGAGGGUGGCUGCAGCGGAAGAAGUACCUGCGCAUGCGGAAGGCGGCCAUUACUGUGCAGAGAUAUGUGCGAGGCUACCAGGCCCGAUGCUAUGCUAAGUUCCUGCGCAGAACCAAGGCAGCAACCAUCAUUCAGAAGUACUGGCGCAUGUAUGUAGUCCACAGGAAGUACAAAAGUAAACGAGCUGCCACUAUUGUUCUUCAGUCUUAUUUACGAGGCUACUUGGCCAGAAAUAGGUAUCGCAAGAUACUCCGUGACCACAAAGCAGUCAUCAUUCAGAAGUGGGUCCGGGGCUGGCUGGCUCGCAUCCACUACAAGAGAAGCCUGCAUGCCGUCAUCUACCUUCAGUGCUGCUUACGGCGGAUGUUGGCCAAGCGCGAGCUGAAGAAGCUGAAGAUUGAGGCCCGCUCCGUGGAGCGCUAUAAGAAACUCCACAUCGGCAUGGAGAACAAGAUCAUGCAGCUGCAGCGCAAAGUUGAUGAACAGAACAAAGACUACAAAUGCCUCAUGGAGAAAUUGACCAAUCUGGAAGGAGUAUACAACUCUGAGACUGAGAAACUGCGAAGUGACUUAGUACGUCUUCAACUAAGUGAGGAGGAGGCUAAGAUUGCCACUGGACGGGUUCUCAGUCUACAGGAAGAGGUUGCCAAGCUCCGGAAAGACCUGGAACAGACUCGGUCAGAGAAAAAAUCCAUCGAGGAACGUGCAGAUAGAUACAAGCAAGAAACUGAGCAGGUGGUAUCAACUCUGAAGGAAGAAAAUACUUUGCUCAAGCAGGAGAAAGAAGCCCUCAAUCUCCUUAUUGUGGAACAGGCUAAGGAGAUGACAGAGACUAUGGAGAAGAAGUUGGUAGAAGAAACGAAACAACUGGAACUCGAUCUUAAUGAUGAAAGGCUGAGAUAUCAGAACCUUUUGAAUGAGUUCAGUCGCUUAGAAGAACGAUAUGAUGACCUCAAGGAAGAGAUGACUGUGAUGUUGAAUGUGCCUAAGCCUGGACACAAGAGAACAGACUCCACCCACAGCAGCAAUGAGUCUGAAUAUACCUUUAGCACUGAAAUUGGAGAAACUGAAGACAUUCCAUUGAGGACAGAGGAGCCAAGUGAGAAGAAGGUACCACUGGACAUGUCAUUGUUCCUCAAGCUCCAGAAGCGGGUCACAGAGCUGGAGCAGGAGAAGCAAGUGAUGCAGGAUGAGCUGGACCGCAAGGAGGAGCAGGUGCUCCGCAGCAAGGCAAAGGAAGAAGAACGGCCACAAAUUAGAGGUGCAGAACUGGAAUAUGAGUCACUCAAGCGACAAGAACUAGAAUCAGAAAACAAAAAACUGAAAAAUGAGCUAAAUGAGUUGCGCAAAGCCCUUAGUGAGAAAAGCGCCCCAGAGGUGACUGCUCCGGGGGCACCAGCAUACCGUGUCCUCAUGGAGCAGCUGACCUCCGUGAGUGAGGAGCUCGAUGUCCGCAAAGAGGAGGUCCUCAUCCUGAGGUCUCAGCUGGUGAGCCAGAAAGAGGCCAUCCAACCCAAGGAUGACAAGAAUACAAUGACAGAUGCCACAGUACUUUUGGAAGAUGUACAAAAAAUGAAAGAUAAAGGUGAAAUAGCACAAGCAUACAUUGGUUUGAAAGAAACAAACAGGUCGUCUGCUAUGGAUUACCAUGAGUUGAAUGAGGAUGGAGAGCUGUGGCUGGUUUAUGAAGGGUUAAAACAAGCCAACAGGCUCCUGGAAUCCCAGCUCCAGUCACAGAAGAGGAGCUAUGAGAACGAGGCCGAAGCCCUCCGUGGGGAGAUCCAGAGCCUGAAGGAAGAGAACAACCGGCAGCAGCAGCUGCUGGCCCAGAACCUGCAGCUGCCCCCCGAGGCCCGCAUCGAGGCCAGCCUGCAGCACGAGAUCACCCGGCUGACCAACGAAAACUUGUAUUUUGAGGAAUUAUAUGCAGAUGACCCUAAGAAGUAUCAAUCAUAUCGGAUUUCACUUUACAAACGGAUGAUUGAUUUGAUGGAACAACUUGAAAAACAAGAUAAGACUGUCCGAAAACUGAAAAAGCAACUAAAAGUAUUUGCUAAAAAAAUUGGUGAACUAGAAGUGGGCCAGAUGGAGAACAUAUCCCCAGGACAGAUCAUUGACGAGCCCAUUCGUCCAGUCAACAUUCCCAGGAAAGAAAAGGAUUUCCAAGGAAUGCUGGAAUACAAGAAGGAAGAUGAGCAAAAACUUGUUAAGAACCUGAUUCUGGAACUAAAGCCACGUGGUGUGGCAGUCAACUUGAUCCCAGGGUUACCAGCGUAUAUCCUGUUUAUGUGUGUUCGACAUGCCGACUACCUGAAUGAUGAUCAGAAAGUAAGGUCGCUGCUAACAUCCACAAUUAACAGCAUCAAAAAAGUAUUAAAGAAAAGAGGUGAUGAUUUUGAAACCGUUUCCUUCUGGCUCUCUAACACUUGCCGGUUUUUGCACUGUUUGAAGCAGUACAGCGGAGAAGAGGGUUUUAUGAAGCACAACACAUCUCGCCAGAACGAACACUGCCUCACCAACUUCGACCUGGCUGAGUACCGGCAGGUGCUAAGUGACCUGGCCAUUCAGAUCUACCAGCAACUUGUGCGGGUGCUGGAGAACAUCCUUCAGCCCAUGAUCGUCUCAGGCAUGCUGGAGCAUGAGACCAUUCAGGGCGUGUCCGGGGUGAAGCCCACAGGGCUGAGGAAGAGGACCUCCAGCAUCGCCGAUGAGGGCACCUACACCCUGGACUCCAUCCUCCGGCAGCUUAGCUCCUUCCACUCCGUCAUGUGUCAGCACGGCAUGGACCCCGAGCUGAUCAAGCAGGUGGCCAAGCAGAUGUUCUACAUCGUGGGGGCCAUCACGCUGAACAACCUCCUCCUGCGGAAGGACAUGUGCUCCUGGAGCAAAGGCAUGCAGAUCAGGUACAAUGUCAGUCAACUGGAAGAAUGGCUGCGGGACAAGAAUCUGAUGAACAGUGGGGCUAAAGAAACCCUGGAACCUCUCAUUCAAGCUGCUCAGCUUCUGCAAGUGAAAAAGAAAACAGAUGAUGAUGCAGAAGCCAUCUGCUCCAUGUGCAAUGCUUUAACUACUGCCCAGAUUGUCAAAGUGCUGAAUUUGUAUACGCCAGUUAAUGAGUUUGAAGAAAGAGUCUCUGUGUCAUUUAUUCGUACUAUACAGAUGCGUUUACGAGACAGGAAGGACUCUCCUCAGCUGCUCAUGGAUGCUAAACACAUCUUUCCUGUCACCUUUCCCUUCAACCCGUCCUCCCUCGCCCUGGAGACCAUCCAGAUCCCAGCCAGCCUUGGCCUGGGCUUCAUCUCCCGGGUCUGAAAGCCACAUCGAGGCAAAAGGACAGUACAUUUCUUGCCUGAAAUAAGAACCCCUUAUUUCCAGUCAACUACUGAAAACACACUUUAAAGAAGAUGUAGUCAUUAUCUUCCAAACAAGAGGUUAUUAACUGGAAAUCUCCCUAGAAUACUUUCAUCACCUCGGAAAGAAAGUCACAUUCCCUCGUGCUAUUACCUGUAGCACCGCCCACCCUUGCUCAUUAGGUACCCCGAGUUCACAUGCAGGUGUAUGAUGGAAGGAAGGGGGAAAUGUAUCUUGAGUUGCCAGCAUUUAUUUUAAAUCCUUAGCACUACAUCUAAAUGGUGUAAAAAACCAUAAAUUCCAGAUAUGAGUGAUUGGGAGGAAGGUACCCACAGAGAACGUACUCUGUAUAACCAGAAGAUAAUCACUAUUGAGUACAUGUCGUAUCAGUUUAGGAAUCAUGGUGAUGUUGAACUGGAUCACAGAAAUCAACUACAGUAGGUAUAAUAACUGGACAAGUAACAUCCUUUGUGUGUCAUUAUGAUGUAGAGAUAUUAAGAAAAUGCUGUUUUGCUGUAUCACAUAGAAGUCCAUUUGCACUGUAGUUUCCUGAGCAUUUUAAGCUGCUGCUACAUACUGGUUCUUCAACAUGUAAGCGGUAUUCUUGUUAGGUACUACGACAAUAAGCUUCUCUUUUAUCGACUCUUGUUUACAGUACAAUCAGAUCAGUUUUAACUGGAUUCUUUGCAAACAUCUGUAGAUUCACCUGCACAAGUAGCAGACACUGGGAAGUCAUGUAGUAAUAUGACAGAAUGUUUGACAUUCAGGGGUAGGAUUAGACAGAACGGCAGUUGUUGGUGUCUAUUUAUUCAGGACAUAUUACAGUGGUGUGCUCAUUAUUUUUCCCUGGUGGAUACCACAUCAGGGUACAGUGUUCUGUAAAGUGACUUAUUUUUAGUUCCCAGAUCUGAUUUCUGCAAUGCAUAUAGUCAACCUUGACAGGUUUCCUUUCUUCUUAAUUUAUUAAGAAUUAAUCUCAGUCACUAUCUAGAGAGCAUUGUCAGAAUAUUCAUGAUUCAGGUCUUAAAACCUUGAUUAUCCUAUAAAUUAUGCAAAAGAAGGUGUGUAAUGAAUAAUUAUGAUUAUUUUUUUUUAGCCUUUGCAAUUUCUAUAAAUGUUCUCAGUAACGCUAGAUACUGUAAAGAGCAUCGUGUUAGAAAUACUUUGACUUAUAUAAGAAAUAUUAGAAGAUGGCUGAAUUUUACAGAGAAUUGGGCUUCAUAAGACCCAGAUUCUAUGUUUUCAUCCCUAAAUUUUAAUUAAACAUACUCUUCAUUUUUCCUUAAAAAUCUUAUACAUAAAGCUUUCAUAUUGUGCAAAUAGAAUUCCUUGGCUUUCAUCAGAAACUCUGGUUCUUCAUUGCAAUCAUAGAUUUAUAUAAUUUAACUCCCAGAUGGUUUAUAAAAAUGCAUCUUAUUAAAAUAUGUGCAAUAUUAUUAAUGGAAGUCAAACAGUUUAGAACUAGUGAUAAAGACUUUAUUAAAAGAUAAAUACUAUCUGUUAACUUAUUUGGGUCUCAGAUUCCUCUUUUAUAAAUAAGAGGAUUGGACAACUGACUCUUAAGAUCCCUUCCACGUCUAACCUCUCUCCUCUCGGCGCUCAGAUCUUAGAGAAAUGAGCUGUAGUUCCUCAGUAAGUUUAUCCUCUGAUGUAGAGACCAGUGUUCAGUGCCUGUUAAGUCUGAGGGAUUAAUAAAACUGUCACAAGUCUGGUUAGUUAUAACUCUUCUUCAAUGUGCAUGAUCUGUGUCCAUGCUUUUAGAAAAUUCAUAGGUCUAGGUGAUUUUUAUUGAAUCACAUACUGUGGUAUUCAAUUGGAUACAUUUAUUUGCAAAACCAACCCAAAACAUUACUAAUUCAAUCAGAUUCUCUCAGUUUUUGGUUUGUCACUGGUUUUCAGUGAACAAUGAACUUAUAACCAGAUGGUUCGUACUGAAUGUGUCAUAGUCUAAGAGCGUGAGGGGGACUUGAGUGGGGAGAGGCUCACCACAAAAUGCCACCAGCGGUAGGCUGUCCACCGAAGCCCCCGACCUCCCCAGCUCAGUCCUGUGCAGCAUGUCCACGCGACCCUCAGUCUCGUCAGGUCUUCAAGAUGCGCCGUGGCUCCUGCUGCCUUGCAGCCCCUUUUCCUGCUCCCAGACAGCUCAUGUCCUGAAGCAUCUCUCGUCGAGGCCUUGGUCUCUGCCCGGACUGCUGUCCUGCUGGGCCGGAGGGCCUGUUCAGGGACGGCCACAGAGUUCUGCUGUUCCGGGGCUCCAGGCUCCCAGGACCCAGGUGGGGGGUCGGAAUUCACUUCUCUUAGCAGCCUGAAGACCUUUGGUCUUGACAAGAGUACCUGAUGGAGGGGCCCCAUGGCCUGGUAACGACUGCUACUUGAGGAUGCAACCCUGUUCUGAGGACUGCUCACCCGCCCUGUCCAUCCACACUCUCAUGCAGCUGCACACACUUCCAGCAGCUUCCACCUGCCCCUUUGUCUGUUCGCUCCCCCUAUUCCGUCAAGCAAUCGUGUAUUCCAUCUCUGCUCUGACUGCAUUGAAGGCAGCAGUGGAUGUUGUCAGUCCUCAGCUGCCCCCUGGCCCGCCUGGUGGUCUACCUGGAGGCUAAUCUGUAAAACUUGUUCUUCUCCUCUGUAGUACAUUUUUAACAUUAUCACCAAUUUACUUUUUCAUAAUUCCUCUGUGACACACAUUAGGAAUUCAAAGAUCUUGAAAGAAUAGCAGUUCAUUGUCUUAAGCCCUUCUCCCUACUCAACUCCCCGCUCGCUCACAUCUAGAUUAGCUCGCACCUUGGAAUUCAAAGUUGAAAAAUAAGAAGCAGUUUCCCUUCUUGUAGCUUUUCUUAGGGUAAGGCUUUGAUCCACCUGAGAGUAACUAUUGUACAAUGAUGGGGAAAGAAGAAUAUGGUAUAAGAUCCACAAAUGUGGCUUCAUGAUUUCUUUGGAAGAUUUGAAAAAUCCCCAUGUACCUGACACUUUUUUGCCAGGAUAAAAGUACAUAUCUAUAUAUUCCAAAGCCAACUUCAAGGAGAUGUGGGGGUUGGGAUCAGUUAGUAUGAUUUGCUUUAUUUCAGUGGAUAAUUGAGAGUUGGCUCUUUCGGGGUAAUAGUGUAUAAUAUAGAGCAAAUCUAUUCAUAACAGUGGGGGAAACUAUGAAAAUAUUUUAUUAAUAGAAUCUCAGUACAGUGACUGUAGAGAAACUACUUUCCUGGUAACCCUAGGUAAAGAGGCAACUGUCACCAUCUGAGAAGUCUCUCACUCUCUCUCUCAAACACACAAUCACCAGUUCAUAGAGUUGCCCAGGAGGCAUAAUCAAGUAUCCUCUGGGUAACUUCAACUACUUAGGAUAAAACAGCAACAAUUAGUGUUUGACCUUUAAAUUCUCCUUUAGAACAUACCUCGCAUUGGCUCUGCUUUCCUCCAGCGUGCUUUCUCUUACCUCACUGCAUCCUCACAGCAGCACCGGAGGGUAGAACUGUGGCUAAGUCAUCUGCUGAUGGGAUGUGGGUGGUAGGUCCCGCAGCCCUCCAGCCCAGCAGCUCUCCCCACAGCAGCGGCAAGUCCUGGGGUCACAUCUGUUCCUCAGUACCUAUGGGGGGCCCCGGGUCAGCAAGAGGUGCUCGUUCUCUCUAUUAGAGUUGGCAGCUGGCAUAUGGGAGCUGAGCAAUGAGCAAUGCCGACUUCUUUUUGCUGACGAGACAGCGCCUAGAGCCAGUGGUUUUCUUUCUGUCACAGUUGCCUGCUACCACUAGGCGUGGCUUUGUAAUUACCCAGUGCUCCCUGGCAGGGUGCAACGGCUCUGUGUGUAGGUCAUUAAUUAGUAGCAGGCUGUCUCAGCCUGACGGAAAGCAGUGAACGCCUCCCAAAGUGAUGAGGAAGGUCACUCUCCACACACCCCCUCCGUUAGAGCCAACAGGUGAGCUGUGAGAGCCACCAGGGAGCUGGGCAGCCCUUGGGGAACCUGCAGCUGCAGGCCAGGCCCAUGGGUGCUUCUGAGAGUCAUCCCCCGCCUGGCCGUGCACAAGUCAGGGUGUGCUUAGAUGUUACUGUGUGUGCAUGCUGCCAGUGUCUGCUUUGCGGCUAGGAGGUGUGCUGUAUGCAUGUGUGUUAGGGAGGCUGUGUGUUGCUGUGGCCUCCGUUCGUGGAUAAGGGCAUCGUCAUUUCUUCUCAGGCCGUGCUGUGAGGGCCGCCUUAACCCCUGCUCCCUUCCCUCCUGGAGCUGCCUUAAGUUCUCCAAAACUUUUCCUCUGUACAGGGAUGUCUUGCCUGGAGAGAAUAUCAAGCCCUGUUUCUCAAGGUCUUGUGAGGGUUUUGGUUGGGUGUGGCCUCCAACCACUAAUUCCUUUCCCAGAGUCUGCAUGCUCCUCCCCCACCUGUUCCUUCUUCCUUUCUUUUCUGUUAUUUCCGAACAGGUAGUAAAACUCUGAGGCAGCAACAAUCUCAGAGUCGGUGGAAUGUGGACUUAGAAAGCCUUCCUGAGUUUGGGGGUCUAGGGGUGGGAGGACUCUGUGUCACAAGUAAGCAAAUGAACAUAUGGAAGAAAUGUUAGAUUUUUUGGUAGUAUUUAAAUGGCUUGUUUUCCACCAGCCUUUUCUUAAUAAAUAAAGGUAAAGAGUACCACUGUAAAACUUUUCAUGGGCAUUCUUUAAAAAUAUUUUUUAAGAACCCGGUACUAUAAAAGGUUGAAAACCAGAAAAAGUGCUAUAAAUUUGAACCCAUUGCAUUACCCUAAAUUAAAUCAGCCUGGAGUUAGUGGGUUUUCAGAAGAUCAGGAACAGAAAAGUACUGUGUGACAUAUCUGCCAAAAUGUGUUCUAUACAUUUUUUAAUUUUAUAAUUCGGUCUAGCUAAAAUGUUCAUUAGCUUAACUUAAUGGGUGUUAGUAGAGUCAUAAAUAUCUGAAAUGACUAACCUUUUUAGUACUGUAAUAUUGCCUGAACUAUUUGAAAGAAAAAUGUUUUUGAGUUGAAACUGGAAUGUAUAAUUCAAUGCUUGGUAGGUGAGUACAUUUUAAAGCAUUUUUCAGAGUCAAUAAUUUCAAAUGUCUUAUUGUUGCCGUAUAUUGUAAGAUUUUAGCUCACAUUUCAGGCUUUCUAAAUCAUUUGAGCCAUUUAUUUUUUUUCCCAACAAAUGCUGAUAUUUUACACAUUAAAUGUGGAUAUGUGUGUUGUAAUUUAUGAUUCCUAGCUAUGUAUAUCUGUGGAGUCCUGGAGUAAGGUUGACGUUUUUGUUGGAAAUUCUAAUUGCUCUAACAGUGUUGCACAGAAAUGAGCUCAUGACAUUUAACAUAUUGUAUUUUAAUUAUUAACUUUAAAUUAUUAAUUUAUUGUGAAAUGGUUAUACCGUUUAACUAAAAUGAAAUUGAACAUUGUAAUUUUCCAAACAGGUUUUCUUCUUGGACCUGGAAAAGUUUUUAGGUACAGUAUUCAUUAAGAAGGAAGCAGAAGUACUGAGAAAUGAAGGAAUUACCAACCAACUCUAGGUUUAAAAGAAACCCAUCCCAGCAUAUCUCACAUGUAGUUUUUAAAAAUAAGUUAAUAAUUCACCUCAUUUUAACAAGAGCCUUUGAAACAUAGGUUUUUCACUAUAUAUCACCUAGUGCUAAGAUGGAAACCAAAACAAUAUCAGAUUGACAUUUAAGCUCUAAAUUUGUAGUUGUCUAAUGUUGUACUUAGUAAAUGUGUGUCAUUAAUGCUGUAUUCUCCUAGCUAUUAUAGAAAAUUCUUCAAAUAAAGAUAUGGAUAUAAAGGA